AGUCUCAGAAGGACAAGGGCUGCUCUGAAAAGGCAGGCUCUUGAGAGACUAUUCUCAUCAUCACUGCCAUCGCUGCUGCAGUUGGUGUGAACAAGAAACAUUUCCAAAGCAGGUGAAUGAAUAACACAAGUCUAUGGAUUUUUCAACGUUACAGAAGCUAAAGUUCAUUGAGUUACCUGAAUGGUUAAUGCGACAUUUUUGCUUUACCGAUGAAGUGAAACUAGAGCCUGGCUGCUAUUUCCCCCAACUUCCCUGAACUCUCUGCAACUGGAAUGAUUCCCUGAAGACCUUGAAGGGCUAGUUGUCUCACACCCAAAAUGGAAAAUAAUCUGAAGAAUAUCCUUGUUGUCUCAUUUGGAUUCUUGCUUCUGUUUACUGCUUAUGGAGGGCUCCAGAGCCUACAGAGCAGUCUCCACUCUGAACAAGGCCUGGGCGUUGCCUCUCUAAGCGUUGUCUAUGGAGCUCUUAUCCUGUCUUCCAUGUUUCUCCCACCAAUGCUCAUUAAGAAAUUUGGAUGCAAGUGGACCAUUGUAGGCUCCAUGUGCUGCUACGUCACAUUCUCCUUGGGCAACUUCUAUCCCAGCUGGUAUACACUGAUCCCAACGUCUGUGAUCUUGGGUCUGGGAGGAGCACCUCUCUGGUCUGCUAAAUGCACAUACCUCACCAUUGCUGGUAACAUCUAUGCCCAGAAAGCAGGAAAAAUAGGAAAAGAUGUUAUCAAUCAGUAUUUUGGGAUCUUCUUUCUGAUAUUCCAGUCUUCUGGAGUCUGGGGAAAUCUUAUAUCUUCUUUAGUGCUUGGCCAGUCUACUAACACAGCAAACUCAGAAGCAGAUCUGGCAUGUUGUGGCGCAAAUGACUGCAUGGAAAAUCCAGUUGGAAAUGACUCCAGAAGUUCAAAUGGAACAAGUGAUACCUUAGUCUACACACUGCUUGGAAUUUAUACUGGUAGUGGGGUGCUAGCUGUGUUGUUGGUCGCCGUGUUUCUGGAUCAGAUUACAGCCAACAAAGAAGAGAACAAAGAGAAAACACCAUCAUUCUGUUCCACCUUCUUGGCAACAUUCUGGCAUCUUAAAGAUGUGCGCCAGUGUCUCCUGAUUCCGCUGACCAUGUACAGUGGAUUUGAACAGGGAUUCCUUGCUGGUGACUAUACCAAGUCCUAUGUGACCUGUGCCCUUGGGAUAGAAUCUGUCGGCUAUGUGAUGAUCUGCUUCUCAGCUACAAAUUCACUCUGCUCGAUGCUCUUUGGGAAGAUUUCCCAGUACACAGGCAGAAAAGCUCUAUUUGUACUGGCGGCAAUUAUCCAUCUUGCCUGUAUAAUAACACUACUGCUCUGGAAACCUAGCCCAGAGUAUCUUGCUGUGUUCUUCAUAAUACCUGCACUCUGGGGUGUUUCUGAUGCUGUCUGGCAAACACAAACCAAUGCUCUCUAUGGAGUUUUAUUUGAAAAGCACAAGGAAGCUGCAUUUGCUAAUUAUCGCCUGUGGGAAUCACUGGGAUUUGUCAUCGCCUUUGGCUACAGCACUUUCUUACAGGUCUACAUCAAACUGUAUAUUGUCUUGGCUGUGCUGGUGGUGGCCGUUGUCUUAUAUGGAAUAGUUGAGUACCUGGAAUCCAAGACUUCCAACACUACCAAUAAGGAGCCAAUCAAAUCCCCACAAGACCUUAAGGAUACAAACAUGUAAGGCUCAGUGUUGUCCCACUACUAAUCCCAGUUUUUGUGCAUGGAUUUUCUUCGGCUACCAGUGAUAGGGCUGAUGUCAAUAGGAGCAGUGCACUACAGGACUGGGGCCCCAGGAAGGCUUUUCUAAAGGCUCAGUACUGAGGACAAAUAGAAAGGAACCAAUCUCACAACUGAUGCAAUAAUACAAGCUGCUUUUCCCAUAAGAUUUUAAAACAUAACAGACCGUAUCCAUGCAGAGUUACUCCUUUUGCUUCUCAUGACAAAAUUGUAUUUAAUUUGUGUAUAGUUUUUGUUUAUCUUUGGGGGGGUCAUUAAAUUUGUUC